UAUGUUUUGCUCUCUACUACCGUUCAGUGCACCACAGACUCCAAUCCAAAAAAUAACAUUUCUCUUGAACCGAUCAUCUACUCUACAUUGUUACUGAAUCAGCUGAAUCGCCAACCGAAGAUGACAUUAGUAAAAGGAAAAGGAAAAGAAAAAGAUGGAAAAUUGGUGAAGACGAGGAAGCAACGAAUAUCAAGUAGAAGAAAUUGCAAAGAAGACAGGAUCAGUAACUUGCCUAAGGGUGUUUUGCUCCAUAUAUUGAACUUAAUGGAAGUGAAAACUAUUUUUCAGACUUCUGUAUUAUCAAAACAAUGGAAGGAUCUUUGGAAAAGUGUCACCUAUCUCUCUCUCAAUUCCUCUCACUUUAGAACAGUUGCUGAUUUUAACAAAUUUGUGUCUCAUUUUCUUUCUAAUAGAGAUGACUCCAUUUCUCUACUUAAGCUUUUUGUUCAUCUCCAUCGUUGUAGUGAGCUCAAACUCCUGAAUAGGAUGAUGAAAUAUGCUGUGUUGCACAAGGUUGAGAGGUUGGCAAUUGAGAUAUCAUGUUUGUCUUUAGCGGCCAAUAAUAAAUUUCCCCCUUCUAUUUUUUCAAGUCCAUCUAUCUCAUUUCUUUGGCUUUUUGUAGCUAUCUAUGGCCCAAUUAUGAAAUUACCACCAUCUCUGCAGUUGCCAGCACUAACAACCUUGAGUCUCCACAAGGUUUGUUUUACUGCAGGAGACAAUGAUUGUGCUGAGCCCUUUUCAUCAUGUAAAUUGUUGAAGACUUUAUUCCUUAAUGAAUGUUCUUUGCAUGAUGAUGCAAAAAGGCUUUGGAUAUCUAAUUCUAGUCUUGCAAAAUUGACCCUGCAUCAUUCCUUUACAGAAACUUACAAACUUGUUCUUUCUACUCCAAAUCUUAGUUUUCUCAGUGUCACUGGUAAUAUCCGGUCAUGUUAUGGUGAAGUCUCCUCCACAUGCAAUCUUUCAUUUCUUGAAGAAGGAAAUAUUGGUGCCAGAUAUUCAAUCAUGUCAAACUGGCUGCAACUGUUUGCUAAUGUAAAGAAAUUGACACUGUUUGGGAUUGGCAUGGAGAAUAUUUUAAGUGUUCUUGCUUAUCCUUUGCCGGAGGAAAUUCAACAUCCUUACUUUGUUAGAUUAAGGUCAUUGGAACUGAUGAUGGAUUCAGAACGAAAACUAUCUGAUGAAAAAGUAGACAGUAUUGUGCAGUAUUUUCUUCGGAACUCUCCACUGAGCAGAGUUAAUGUCAUCAAGGACUGAAAGUUAUAUAUUCCUAUUUCAUGCUUGUUUAUUUAGGUUUGGUUUGUUUGAAGGAAAGGAACAUUGGGCAAGUUGAAGUUGAAGAGAAUGAUGUUGGGUGACAGCUAGAAAUGAGAAGGACAAUAUCAGUGGCAUGGGCACCUUACUUUGUUCUGUUCAGCAUACUGAAAUAUUUAUGUAUUAGUUUUUGUCUAAUAUUUUGCUUUAUUAACCUUUAUGAUGCUCGCUUAGACUCUUCUAAAGGUUGUUGUGCAAUGAGUUUCAUGAUUAUCCUCUUGAAUAUAGACUUUUCUUUGCUGUUA